CCAAUCAGCUCAUCAAUUGUCCGGCAAAGCAAACGAAUGCCGACGUCGGAGCACGUUUCGCGUUUGUUUUUGAAUGAAUAAAGUUAUCUAUGAGUUUAAUUACCUAUUCAGUAAUUUAUUGCUGUGUGAAUAAUGAUGGAGGAGGGUUUAGAAUCUUCUGCGUUAGAAGAUAACUUGGAUAUAGGAUUAGGUUUCGGGGACGAUAGUCAGAAGGCUGAGAAGAUGAAUCAAUCGUUCUUACUGCUGAAGAAGAAAUUAUUUCGGUCUCACGAUCUCAUCCAACAAUACAGCAACAAAAUAAAGGAGUGUGAAAGAUUGCGAAGUGAGUUAGAAUCAUGCCAACGAGAAUCCGAAAGGUUCAAACAGCAGCACUUGACGGCCACAGCCAAGACCGUCAAGCUGACAAUGGAGAACACAAAGCUCCAAGAAGCCAACAAAAGGCUCGAGAAACUCGUGACGGAGCAGGAAACGCAGAUGGCUGGUGAUCAACGUCUGGUCCAGCAACUCAGCUGCAAAGUCGAGGACAUUGAGGAUCGGCAUUCCGAGAGGGUCAUGCAGAUUGAGCUCGAGAAGUCGGUACUCCAGGCCAAAGUAAAAGAACUAGAACAGGAGAUUAAAAAAGUCAGCAGAGUUCACGAGAGGAAGUCUCCUAAAAAGAUAAACAAGAAACUAGCCAAAGCAUGUCCAUUCAAAUCAAGGAGUACUGCUAGUCUGGGAAUGAUUGAGGACGACGAUCUGCCCCCAGAUCCCCCAAAAUCUCCAGAAAUCCCAGAAGUCCCUCAAGAAAUCCCCGAGAAUAUUCCUGAGGAUUCACCGGAGCUUCCACAAUUAAAUCCACCAGACGAAAUCGAUAAAAUCGUCCAAAAAUCAGUAGAAGAAUGUCCACUCGAUGAAGACGAUAAAAUCAUCAAAGAAUCGAAGGUAAUUGAGGUCAACAAAGAUGAUGAAAGCCCCAAAAAAUCGAUGAGAGAAAUUCCAGUUCACGAAAAUGCAAAAAUUCCCAAAAAAUCAGUGAGAGAAAUUGGAGUGAACGUUGACAUAUCUAUUUCCCCUCCAAAACCAGUGACAAUGGACAAAAAUAUAAUGACUGAUGAGUUCUACAGUAUCAAAGACAAUCCUUACCCCCUGUUCUGUGAGAGAUGCGAGCAGUUGCUGGAGGAAUCGCCAGACGAUGUCAUCUGCAAGGCAACGAGACUGCCCCCUAACAUUCCCGAACUCCCUCCUCCACCUGUUCGACCUGUGAGGACAAGGCAAUCCCCAGAGAGAGGGGAAUCGCAUCAUCCUGUAAUUCUAGACAGCCUCCAGAGGAGAGUUAAACUCCUGGAGAAGCGACUGAAACGUCAGAAGAGGGCGGAAAUUUCUCAGCAAUCCUCGUGCUGCAACCACUCACAAUCGCUGGCUCACUGUAGCCACAAUAAUUCCUUCAAUCAACCCUCCCAAUUCAACAUGAUGACAGAGGUCUUUGCCAGGAUGAUGCAGCUGCCUGGGUUUCAGGGUAUGAAGAGUCGAAGGGAGAGCCAGAGGAAGUCAUUCUCUAUGAGAAUGAAGAAAAGUCAGGGAAGAGCGAAGAAGAUGGAUUUGAGUUCUGACACCUGGGACGUGGAGUCUGACGAAGAACGUGGAGGUCGCGACGAGAGGGGUUCAUUCCCCAGACCUCGUCCACCAUCAUCCAGGAAUUCUUCGAGAAAUGCUGGACAGGAUUGUGAUCGAGACCCAGAGGACGAUUUCUUCAACUCCAUGUCUUCAGAUAGAAUCGCAAGGAGAAGAAGAGAGACUCUUAGAAAAAUAGCUGAUGAACCUGGUGCCAGUCCCCAACGAAGCUCUUCCGAAAUUUUGGAACCUGAAGGGAAUUUCAAUUCAAUGUCUUCAGACAGAAGUGGCAGAAGGCGAGAAUCUGCGAAAGGGAUUACUAAUCCAUCGAGAGCGUCUAGUCCUAGAAAGAGGCAGGAGACUCCAGCGUCUUCACAGAGAAACGACAGACGAAGAAAUCAAACUAAGACAGUGAUUGAGGAAUCGAGAGUUGACCCCCGGGAAAGAUCUCCAUCCCCAGAACCCGAAGUGAAUUUAUUCAACGAGAAUAAUUCCGUCCCCUCAACACCUCAAAAACGAAGGCGUCUCGAGUCGUCAUCGAGUUCAGUGCCUGAGGAGACGAUUCCCAAGAGAAGGAAACGAGGAGACGAUCCACCAAAGCCAGUCAACGUUCGAUCCAAUUUGUUGAAGAACUUGAAACGAUUGAAGAAGAACAAAGCAGCGGUUAAAACAAUUCCCAGUAUUUUGAGUAGAGAUGAAAGAGGUGCGGAGACUGUCACUCCUGCAGAUGUCCUAGGGAAGAAGAAACGAAUUGCACACGUUCCCAAACAGUCAGAGCUCCCCUUCCCCUUAAAAAUAAUGGAAGAUGAUCGGUGGGAACCUGCAGAGACCUCGACUUCGGUGAAUUCAGGCGAGAAGAGGAUGACUCGGUCAUUAAGAAAGUCCGCAGACGACAAAAAUAAGAAGGAUGUAGAGGAACCUGUCAAUAACAUCUCAAAUAACCCAGGUGCAUCGACUCCAAGGCCUCAGGAAGAGGUAGUUCAGACUAUCGAAUCUGCAGUCGAAAAAAAUUUAGAAAUUAUCGAGGAGUCUGACCUGGUGAUAGACGAGGCUCCAGCAUCUCCAGGAGAAGAGCCUCCAGCAUCUCCAACUGGAGACCCUCCAGAGAUUCCCUCAGAGACGAUAAAAAUCGCUUCGAUUUACGAAACUGCAGCAGUAUCUGAUGGUUCUGACAGUGAGCCUCCUCAAGACCCCUCAAACUGCAUAAGAGAAUUACGAAACAGACAGAUCCACGUGAGUCCAGUAAAGCAAAAGCCCUCACUUUCAAAGGAGUCAGUCGAGCCCCCAGACUCCCCAGUCCCUUCCCCGUCAAUUCCCCCAUCACCUGCAGCUCCCCCAGAGCCCUCAGGUCCCCAAGACCCCCAAGGGCCCGAAAAGGUCGAGGAUUUGCUGGACAACUGGCUCUUGGCAACGAAAAAACGUCGAGGAAGAAAGCCGAGGGCCUUCGAGGUAUCGAAAAUCCUCCAGUCAAAGGCAGAGACUCUCAUAAAACAGGAGCUGAAGAGACUGGUGGAAUCCCCAGGCUGGGAGGACGCCCUCCACACGAGUGUCUCCGCCAAAAUUCUAAACUCGAAGAGCCCAAGAACAGUAGCAAAAGCCACCAUCGACUUCGUGAUCGACAGAUCAGAGAUUGACGAACCCCUGGACCUCACGUACACUCCUCCAGCCCCUCCCAUGACGAAGAGUCUCCAGAGGAUCGUGACUCUCCUGAAAGAUCUCGACCCGAAAAUUCCAGAGUUGAUUAACUUCGUGUUCCGGGGGAUUGAGUACAUCCUUUUCAGGUUGAGCUCCACUCCCUCCUGGGAGGCGGUUGGAGAGCUCUCGAAAUUGUAUACUGUCCUGGCGAGGAUCAGGAAGGAUCGUGAACGAGUGAGGAUAAUGUGCUGCGACGCUAUCUACGGUCUCCAGAAGAAGAGUGUGAUCGUUCUCCAUGCGGUCUUGACUUGUUGGCCCGAGGUGUUGCCCCUGUUUGAUGCAGAGAAGGAUCAGCACCUGCCAGUCAGCAUUGCUCAUAUCAUCAGAUCGCACCCGGUGAACGAUAGUUCCAAGUGUGAGCAGGUGAAGAAGCUCAUCAAAGGGUUCUUCAAAUACCCUCAGAACGAUCCCUCUGAGGUUCUUGGGGGCAAACUCCUGGAGGCUCUUGGGAGGAAUUAUGACAAGUCCGUGGAGACUGGGAUUUUACUGCUGUCGAAGAGAGAGGGGCCCGAGUGGGCAUACAAGAAUAUCAUCCAGAGGGGACUGAUGAAGAUGAUUGUGGAAGGAAAGUGCUCGGAGGUUUACCAUCCCCUGAAGCUCCUGGGGUUCCUCUUGAGGCCCUUUCCAUUGGCGGAUAAGGAUGGGCCUGUCAAAAAAAUUAUGGAACAACUCAAGGCCCUCGCUGAGUCCGACACAGGAUCCCCGGACCUCCAGGAAGGCGCUAUUUCUGCGCUAAUGAGUUUAUCUCGUCACAGGUUCGAUGACAUUGCUGCCUCUGUUCUGAGCUGGCAGCCCACUCGAGCGCUACCGGAGUUACUGCACGAGCAGAUGAAUGCGUUCUUUGCUUCGCGAGGGCCACACUGGAGUCAAAUUAGAGCCAAGAGUCGUAAACAUGCUGGUGGCUUGUGAGUUCAUGGAGAAAUUGGAGAGAAGGGGAUUGCUUGACUGAGAGUAACGAAUUAUUCAUGGUGAACUCUACUUUUCAUGAGGUAGGAUCAAUUCUUUGGGGCUCGUCAGGGGAUAAACGAAUGAAUCUAAUGAAAUUAGUAAUUUAAUAUCGUAGGGGGGGGGAUCUCAUCUUAUUCUCAGGGUCUUCUCAUUAUUUGUAGAUAUCGUAAUAAUUUGUAUUUUGUGAAUCGAUGAAAUUGAAAUAAAGGAAAUGAUGAAGCAUCGUUUCCCAUCGAGUUUAAUAAAUGAUUUCCAAUUAAUUGUAUUGAAUCGAUUUUGAUCAGUUAAAAUCGUUGGACGUUGUGGAAACUUUGGGCGAAAAUGAGUUGAAUAUUUUCAUCGAGUUUUAACAAUCUGGGAAUUUUCUAUUGUAUUUCGCAGAUACAUAUUAUAACAGUUUGUAUCUUCACAGGUGAAUUGAGAAUGAAUCAAUGAAUAAAUGAAAUCUGUAAAUGAGCAGAUU